AUGGCAGCGAUUGCAGCGAAAGUACCGAAUCUAACCCUCAAUGACGGCCACAAGUUUCCGAUUGUGGGUUUGGGCACAUAUGAGGCGCCGCCCGGUGUUGUCGAGCAAGUGGUUCGGGUGGCCAUCGAUGCCGGCUAUCGGCACUUCGAUUGCGCCGACUUUUACGAGAACGAGCACGAAGUGGGACAGGCGUUGAGGGACGCCAUACGCGACGGCAAAGUGACUCGGGAU